AAUGCAGGGAGGAACACGCAGGACUGGAACAUGAAGGGGCUUGACUGACCACUGCCUCCCUUGGCCCACAGGCUACCUCAUCAUCCACGUGGUGCAGAGCCUGUGUGGCCUGGCCAUCAUGUAUGGCCUGGUGUUGCCCAUCAUCCACAAGCAGGGCCUGGAGAUGCUCCGAGGACUGGGCAUCGGGACCAUCACCAUAGCCAUCAUCCUGGGUCUCAUGAUCCUGCAGGUAUGGAUCGCUGCCAGCUUUUUCCUGCAACCAAAGAUGGGCACAGCCGACAAGCAGAAGCCCUUGGCUCUCAACAACAGGAAAGCGUUCCACAACUUCAACUACUUUCUGUUCUUCUACAACGUGCUGCUGGGCCUGGGUGCCUGCCUCUCCAGGCUGCUCAUCAGCUGCAUCCUGGGCACGUGGCUGAUCGCCCGCAUCGACAGGACCAUCGUGCAGAGUGGCUAUGAGGGAGCAGACAUGGGGUACAGUGCAUGGAUUGGCAUGCUCUAUGUGGAUCAUUAUCAUACCAACCCUGUGCUUGUCAGCUUUUGCCACAUCCUGAUCACAGGCCACAGGGAGAGGAGGCUGCAGCAGGCCAUCAAAUACUGGUACCUAAAUCAGUCAGCAGGUAAGUCUCCUGUCUGAAUCUACACUGGGGUUGGAUGAGAGGAAAAAGUACCCUAAGCCUUGUCUGGGAUUCCUGAGAUGUCCCAGGUUACCCUUCCCCACCCCCCUUCCUCCACACUCCAUGCCCUGGGAAACCUUCUACCCAGGAGAUCAGGAGGCUUACCCCCCAGUCAGCCUGGCUAUGGGACCCCUGAGGCCUUGUGUCCUUGUCUUUCUGACUGGGUUCCUCCCUUUUUCUGGGAAAUGAGCUCUAGUUCUGCUAGCUGAGUCCUUCAUUCCCCCAUUUGAGACCCCACCCAUAUCCCAGGAUGCAGGCCAGAUGCCCUCCAAGAUAGCACUCAGUUUUGCUCACCACAAGCUCUCCCGGCCACCAACUCCUGCCCCCUCAAGGCUCUAGUGUCUCCUCCCACCC